AUGCAGAUUGCAAAGGUGCGAGUGAAUGUCAUUUGUAGAAGGCCUGCCGUUGGGAAUGAAAAGUCUAAUCCUUCUAAGAGACAUAGGGACCGUCUGAAUGCUGAAUUAGAUCAUCUGGCCAGCCUCCUGCCUUUUCCACCGGACAUAAUAUCCAAGUUGGACAAACUUUCUGUCUUGCGCCUUAGUGUCAGCUAUCUCCGGGUCAAAAGCUUCUUUCAAGCCAUUCAAGAAAAGCACUUUAGGAAGCAAGUUGGUCACACAAUAAAAGACUACGUAUCCAGUGAGACUGCCAUACCAGAAGGUGGACUUCUACUAGAAUCACUGAAUGGCUUUGCCUUGGUGGUGAGUUCAGAUGGAAUGAUAUUUUAUACAUCAUCAACUAUUGUGGACUAUCUAGGCUUUCAUCAGACUGAUGUAAUGCACCAAAAUAUAUACGAUUACAUUCAUGUGGAUGAUCGCCAAGAUUUCUGUAAACAACUGCACUGGGCCAUGAAUCCUCCACAACUGGUAUCUGGACAACAACUGCAGACAGAAACAGGAGAAGAAUACAUUCUCAGUAAGAUGUUUAAGGCACAAGAGUGUGACAGCAUGCCAGCAGAUUAUUCUUCCUUUUUAACUCGUUGUUUCAUCUGUCGAGUCCGCUGCCUGUUGGACAGUACUUCCGGUUUCCUUACAAUGCAGUUUCAAGGUAAACUGAAGUUUCUCUUGGGACAAAAGAAGAAGUCCUCUUCAGGAACAAUAUUACCCCCUCAGUUGUCCUUAUUCUGCAUAGUGGCACCACUUCUGCUCCCUUCUAUGACAGAGCUGAAGAUGAAAAGUCUGCUUGUGAAAGCAAAACACAAAGCUGAUGAUGCAGCCACAAUGGAUACAAAUUCAAAAGCUAUUUCAGGUCUAUGUGAAACAGAAUUACAAGGAAGAACAAGUUACCAUGAAGGUGCAGCUUUCACUAAUGUGUUACAAAAUGCUGAAAACCAGAUCAAAGCAAACAAUGGAGAAAAUGGCAUUUCUCUAUUCAAAGUACUAACAAAUGAAGAUCACUGGGUCUGGGUACAAGCUAAUACUCAAGUUCUGUACAGGACUGGCUGUUCAGAAUACGUCAUUGCCUCACAGCAAGCUCUAAAGGAAGAAGAUGUGCACCUGAAGGUACCAAAGAACAUCACAAGUUUGAAAGGACAGAAGGAAGCACUUAACUAUAACUGUGCCAUUGAAACUUUGGGACAGAUGAAGCAUCUUAACUGGACAACUGUAAAAAAUGAACAGGAUAGCAUAAAAGUGAAGUUUGAACCUAAUACAAAUGACAAAUGUUUCAUGCAAGAGGAAUCUCUCAAUUCUAACACAUUACUUUUAGGUGUUCAAAACAACUGCAACACAAACAACAUUUGGACUUUAAAAAAUUCAUCAAGUUCUUGUUCUGUAAAUCAACGCAUGAAUACAUGUCCGAGCAGAAAAGUUGGACCAUUCUGUAACAGAGAUCAAAGUCUUUUAAAUUUAGCAUCAACCUGUCCUUCCCACUGGGGUACUACAGAAAAUUGCCAGUCUUAUUCAGGCUUACAGCAAUUUACAGUGGAGAACUACACUACAGAUCCUGUGAAAUUACAACGUCCACUGAUGUACCCAGAAGCUCUAUAUGACACAGUAUUUCCUCUAGAUAUUCCCAUCAAAACUGAAUAUGAUUCUGAUUCUGAAAAUGUAGCUGAUAGCUACAUGAUGUCACAAAGUCGAGUCUGGCUGGAUGAGAAUGGUAUGGUGAAAAAGCAGCUGAUUGGCUACCCUAACAUGGUGCACCUUAAAACAGAAUCAGACCUCAGUGAGCAACUGUCUCCUUGUCAAAAACCAACGCACUGUGUUUACACACCGCACAAUUGGCAAUGCAUUGUAACAAAUCAUACCAACAAUAUGAAUAUAAACAGACCAUGUAAAGGGUUACAUAACAAAGAGAUGACACAGGUUUGCCCCCAGAACUCUGCAUGUUUGGAAAGCAUCCAUGACUUUCAGCCUACAGACUUCUACAAUCAGUUCUAUAACCCCAAUUCAGUAGAAGAGAAAGAGCAGAAUAACCAGAUUUUUAAGAUGCAAUGUGAGUUUAAAAAUCCCUGCUUGGUUCACACAAUCAAGCGUGAACCCUUGGAUUCUCCACCAUUGUCUGAUAAUGGGCAGGAUGGAAUAGAGAUGAUCUUCCCUGAAAAUGCAUUACCAGGUCCUGUGUCUCAUAAAACAACCGAAUGUACAUUUUUACAAUAGAUUUUGUAGCAUCUGGAAUAUUUAUGAUAUUGAAAAACAAGACAAAAUUGUAGAUUAUCUUCCUGUGGACUACAUGAGUAACUACAAUUAAAAACCAAAGGGAAAAGAUUUAAAAAAAUAUUACUCUCUUUGGGAUCUUUGGAAAUGGAGUGAAGUAAAACCACAUAUAUCAUGGCAAAGUGCUAAUUCAGACCUCCUUUAGGUGUACCAAUUUAACUUUUUCAAGCUUCCGUUCUUAUCUGUUGAAUAUAUGAAUGCAUUAUUAAUGUACAACUAUAUCUUCCUCUUGCCUUGUUCUAUUGUUCAUGGCAUGAUGUGGGUGAAAUCCUGGCCCCACUGUGAAGUCAAUGGCAAAACUCCUAUUCACUUCACUGAGACCAGCCUUUCAACCUGUGAAUCUAAGGUUUAUAUUUUUAGUUUUAGUUUCUCAGCUAUUGCCUUCUCCCCACAUAAAUUUAAUCACCUUCAGGCAAGGGCUUCUCAAACUACAAUUGCUUAAUUUAAAGGAAGACCAUUAUAGUGAUAGACUCAGGGACCUCAAUCUAUUUAGCCUGACAAAUAGAAGGUUAAAGAGUGAUCUGAUCACAGUCUAUAAGUACCUACACGGGGAACACACAUUUAAUACUGGACUCUUCGGUCUAACAGACAAAGGCAUAACAUGAUCCAAUGGCUAGAAGUCGAAGGUAGACUAAUACAGACGGAAAAUAAGGCAUAAAUUUUUAAACAGCGAGAGUAAUUUCAAAGGAUUGUGGUGGAUUCUCCAUCACUGGCAAUUUGAAAUCAAGUUGGGAUGUUUUUCUAACAGGAAUGCUCUAGGAAUUAUUUAGGGGAAAUUCUAUGGCCUGUGUUAUACAGGAGGUCAGACUAGAUGAUCACAAUGGUCCUGUCUGGUCUUGGAAUCUACGAAUCUGUUAACUCAAAAUCCAGUCACCUUACAAAAACAAGCUACAAUUAUUUUCAGUUACUAUACCUCUUCUUUAGUUAUCCUGACAAUUUUUAUGUUUUACCAGUCACAUUUCCUCUAUUAAAAAUAUUAAUCUCUUCCCUGUUGCUGUUUGGAAGAUCCACAUAAAAAAGAAGAAAAUUUGACUAAUUAUCCAUUAUACAGGGGAGAUGGUGACACACAAAUUCAUACACUUACAAAAAUUGUGUUACGUGUACAAUUAAUAGGAAAAAAAUCAGACAAAUGUUUUUAAUUUGAUGAUGUCCCUUUAAUUGGUCACUAUGCUGUCCUCUGACUUCAUGACUAGUUCCCAUGUCUUCGGGUGAUUAUGGGAACAAUUUUUCAAAAGCACCUAGGAGUACAUCUGCAUGGCAAUAAAAGACCCACUGGCCCAGAUCAGCUGAUCUCGGGCUCAUGGAACUUAGGGCUGCAGGGCUAUAAAACUGCAGUGUAGAUGUUCGGGUUGUAUCCUGCACUCUGAGACCAUGCAAGAGAGGUGGGUCUCAGAGCCCAGGCUCUAGCCCAAGCCCAAACAUCUACACUGCAAUUUUUAGCCCUGCAGCCCAAAUCCUGCAAGUCUGAGUCUGCUGACCCAGGCUCUGAGACUAAGUGCAGUGGAUUUUUUAUUGCAGUGUAGAAAUGCCCUAAGUCACUUACAUGCUUGUGAAAGUUUUGCCCGAGGUCUCUUUCAUGUAGAGGUUGCUGAGUUAAUUUACUUGUGCUGAAAAUAAUAUAAUGCAAUCUACAACUUCUAUUUUGUUUUUUAUUGUUCGCUUCCUGCACUAUUGUUUUUAAAUUGCACUAUUUCAACUUUAAAUCACUUUCCCAUAUAUAAAAGGCAUAUUAUGAAGAAAAUGGUUAGAUGUUUUUGUGAUUUUUAUAAAGCUUAGAGUAAACAUUUUCUUAUUCAAAGUGUUACAACUAAUUAGAAUGCUUUCAUUUCAGUAACUGCUUGUCAGUAAUGGUGAGAUUGUCAUCAGUUAUCAAUCUGGCCUGAGUAAGGGGCAGCAUGUAGUUGCAUUGCUCCAGAAGUACAGCAGGGAUGUACUUCUCUGCCCCACUCCCGUUCUCUCAUCUGCAAUACAGGUAGGCCACACAGGGAAGUAAGGGGCACUUUGUGCCCCCUAAUAUCCCUGCAUUGGCACAGACGGUGACAAUCUUGCCCUCAUACUCUACUCUUACAAUAACAAUUUUGGGACUAAUUCAGAUUUUAGUCUAAAGAUGGCGUAAUCCAUGCCCCCAUCUGGAUCUCAGUGUUUAUGUUUCCUAAAUUUAGGACCCAAUCCUGCAACUUGUUCUGCACAGACCAUUCAUGUGGACCCCCACUGAAGUUACUGGGGUUCUGUGUGGCCCCUAGGAUCUGCUCUUAUGGAACAAGUUCCAGGACUGGGACUACAGACUUUUUUUAGACUGCUUUAGACUAACUUACUUAGACUCUCUCCCAUUUACCAACAGGUAACUCACACCCUGCCUAACACAUCAACUCUGAAUUUGACCCACUGGACCUGAUUCUCCACUGCCUUGCACCUUGGGUAGUCAUUUAAAUCUGUGCAAAGUGGGCAUCAAUUUUACCAGGUCAGAAUGGUAGCAUUUUACACUUACUUUGGUUAGAUGGAAAUGACGACAGAAGGUGCAAGGUGGGUGAGAUAAUAUCUUCUAUGGGACCAACUUCUGUUGGUGAGAGAAAUGCUUUCAAACUACUCAGAGCUCUUUUUCUUUAUGUACUGUAGAACCUCAGAGUUACAAACACCUCAGGAAUGGAGGUUGUUCAUAACUCUGAACAAAAUGUUAUGGUUGGUCUUUCAAAAGUUUACAAUUGAACAUUGACUUAAUA